AUGGCGUGGCAGUGCAGCGCGGCAAGCCAUCGCGGGCUUGUCGACAACCUCGUCCAAGCCGGGCUAUUCCAAUCAUCGAAAGCAGUUGCUGCCAUGAUGCAGACCGAUCGAGGCAACUACUGCCCCAUGUACCCCUACACGGACGCCCCCCAGCCCAUCGGGUGGGGGCAAACCAUCUCGGCCCCGCACAUUCACGCCGGCGCGUUGGAACAAGCGAGCCAACACCUUCGAGACGGGUCACGCGUUUUGGAUGUCGGAUGUGGCUCGGGGUACCUGAGUGCGUGCUUCGCCCGACUGGUUGCCCCCACUGGGAAAGUGGUGGGAAUUGACAACGUUCAUGAACUUGUCGAGCUAGCAGAGGCCAACGCUCGCCGGGGUGACUGGGACUUGCUCGAUAAGGGCAUCCUAUCGUUCCGUCGGGGGGACGGAUGGCUAGGGGCGCCGAACGACGGCCCGUUUGACUGGAUUUACGUCGGUGCUGCCGCCCCACAGGUGCCCCCUGCUUUGCUCGCGCAGUUGGCGGACAAGGGCAGUUUGCUGAUUCCCGUGGGCAUUCCAGGGGAUGCCCAAACGCUGGUUCAAAUUACGCGCGACGGUCUCCACUUUCACAAGACCCACUUGGCCAUCGUCCAAUUUGUUCCCCUCGUCCACUCGACUGGCCCGUGAAUUAAAAAUAACGUCGA